AUGGCCGAGCCCGUCAACAGUCGCGAGGCCCUCCCUGAGCGCUUGGCCGAGAACAUGGAGCGCCCAGCCCUCGACGACCGCACCUACCGCGUCAUCCGCCUGCCGAAUAAACUGGAGGCGCUGCUCAUCCAUGACCCCGAUACCGACAAAGUCAGCGCUGCCAUGGACGUGAAUGUGGGCAGCUUCAGCGACGCCGACGACAUGCCCGGCAUGGCGCACGCCGUGGAACAUCUUCUAUUCAUGGGCACCAAGAAGUACCCCAAGGAGAACGCGUACAACCAGUACCUGACCGCCCACUCUGGCCACUCGAACGCCUUCACGGCCUCGACAUCAACAAACUACUACUUUGAAGUCGCCGCACAGUCCAAGACCCCGCCCGCAAGCGAGAAUUCGUCAGCAGCGAGCAGCCGAGUAGACCUGUCCACAAGGAACGGCUCGCCAUUAUACGGCGCGUUGGAUAGAUUCGCCCAGUUCUUCGUCGAGCCGCUGUUCCUCGAAGAGACGCUAGACAGAGAACUCAAGGCCGUGGAUUCGGAGAACAAGAAGAACCUGCAGAGCGACACUUGGAGGCUGCACCAACUAAACAAGACGCUCUCAAACCCCAAGCACCCCUUCUGCCAUUUCUCCACCGGCAGCUACAAGACUCUUCACGACGACCCUCUGGCGCGCGGCGUCAAGAUCCGCGAUGAGUUCAUUAACUUUUACGAGAAAAACUAUUCGGCGAAUCGUAUGAAGCUUGUAGUCCUGGGCCGUGAGGGCCUGGAUGAGCUGGAGUCUUGGGUUUCGGAGCUGUUUUCAGAAGUCAAGAACAAGGAUCUUCCGCGCAACAGAUGGGACGGCGUCCAGCCAUUCACUGACAACGAGCUCCUCACCCAAGUUUUUGCUAAGCCUGUGUUUGACAUGCGCAGCCUCGACCUCUAUUUCCCCUACCGCGAUGAGGAGCACCUCUACGAGUCACAGCCUGGCCGUUACCUUAGCCACCUGAUUGGUCAUGAGGGGCCUGGCAGUAUUUUGGCUUACAUCAAGGCGAAGGGCUGGGCAAACGGACUUGGGGCUGGUCCAGUUCCUCUGUGCCCUGGCUCGGCUUUCUUCAGCAUCUCUGUCCGUUUGACUGAGGAUGGACUCAAGAAUUACAGGGAGGUCGUCAAAACUAUAUUCCAGUACAUUGCCAUGCUCAAUGAGCACGAGCCUAAGGAAUGGAUUUUCGACGAGAUGAAGCGCAUGACCGAAGUUGAUUUCCGCUUUAGGCAGAAGAGCCCGGCUAGCAGCACUGCCAGUUCUCUCAGCGGCAUCAUGCAGAAGCCCUACAAGCGCGAUCACCUCCUGAGCGGCCCUGCUCUGAUUCGUAAAUUCAACCCGGACGCUAUCAAGGCAGGCCUUGCCUGUCUGCGCCCUGACAACUUCCGCCUGACCAUCGUCAGCCAAGAAGUCCCUGGUGAAUGGGACCAGAGAGAAAAGUGGUACGGCACGGAAUACAAGUCCGAGAAGAUUCCGCAGGACUUCCUCGCAGAAAUCAACGAAGCUGCGAAGAGUGCCUCAAGCGCACGUCCAACGGAGCUCCACUUGCCGCACAAGAACGAGUUUAUUCCGACAAGGCUUGAGGUUGAGAGAAAGGAAGUCGAUGAGCCGUUGAUUGCACCGAAGCUGAUCCGUAAUGACGGCAAGGUUCGCCUUUGGUACAAGAAGGACGAUCGCUUCUGGGUGCCCAAGGCGAACGUCCACGUUACGCUUCGGACUCCUUUGGUCAGGUCAACCCCUCAAGCCGCUGUUAUGGCGCAUCUCUACAAGGAUCUGGUUGAGGAUGCUCUGGUCGAGUAUUCGUACGAUGCCGAGCUUGCUGGUAUCGCGUAUCGCGUAUCCCAAAGCUCCCUCGGUGUGGAUAUCUCUGUCAGCGGGUACAACGACAAGAUGCACAUCCUGCUGCAGAAGGUACUUACGACCAUGCGAGACCUAGAAGUUCGCGACGAGCGGUUCAACAUUGUAAAGGAGAAACUUCUCAGAGGGUUCCGUAAUGCCGAAUAUCAGCAACCUUACUACCAGGUCGGCACCUACACUCGAUGGCUGAUGGCCGAGAAGGGCUACAUCAAUGAGGACUAUCUUGCAGAGCUUCCCCAUGUCACGGCUGAGGACAUCCGCCAUUUCUACCCUCAGCUUCUCAAGCAGACCCACAUCGAGGUUUUUGCGCAUGGUAACCUGUACAAGGAGGAUGCGCUCAAAAUGACGGAUAUGGUGGAGAGCACGCUCAAGGCGCGCCCACUUGCGCCUUCUCAGUGGCCCAUCCGCCGCAAUGUCAUUGUGCCCGAAGGCUCUAACUUUAUCUACGAACGUACUCUGAAGGACCCUGCCAACGUCAACCACUGCAUCGAGUACGCUUGUUCCGUCGGCAACAAUCAAGACCGCGAUUUGCGUGCCAAGUUGCUUGUCUGGGCUCAGCUCACCGACGAACCCGCCUUCAACCAAUUGCGCACCAAGGAACAGUUGGGCUACGUUGUUUUCAGCGGUACGACACAGAGCGACACCUGGAUGGGUUACCGCAUUCUCAUUCAGAGCGAGAGGUCGCCGGACUAUCUCGAGGGCCGUAUUGACAACUUCCUGUUGUAUGCCGGAAAUAUGCUCCGGGAGAUGUCAGACGACGAGUUCGAGUCGCAUAAGGAGAGCGUAAAGAACCGUCGGAAGGAGAAGUUGAAGAAUCUCAUCCAGGAGACCAACAGGCUCUGGACGCAUGUGUGCAGCGAGUGCUUCGACUUCGAGCUUGUUGAGCAGGAUGUCGCUCAUGUUACGCCGCUCACCAAGGCCGACCUUAUUUCCUUCUUCGAUCAAUACAUCUCUCCGCACUCCCCGGCCCGCGCCAAGGUCUCGGUCCAUCUGCUCGCCCAGGCCUCGCCCGCCGCCAUCGCUAGCGCCGCCCAGGAUACCACCAGUCCCGAACAAAAGGUGUCGUCGCUCAUCACGCUCGUCGUCCAGUUCCUCAACUCGGAAGGCGUGAGUCCGGACGCAACCAGCCUCGCCCACCGCCUCAAGGACGUCGACAUCUCGGGCGGUGACGCGCAGGGCAUCGCCAAGGCCAUCUCGACGCACUUGGUCGAGGACCUCAAGCUGGAGCAGAAGAAGGCUGACGAGGUAGUGAAGAAGGGCCAGGAGAUGAUCUCGAGCACGGUAUUGCCGAGCUUGGGCGUGAGCGUCACGUCAAACGGUGAGGAGAAGAAGGGCAGGGAGCCGGUCAAGAUUACGGACGUGCGUGACUUCAAGGCGAGCUUGCAGGUGUCGCGCGGACCGAGGGCGGUGAAGGAGUUGAGCGAGUUUGAGGACCUGGAAUCGAAGCUCUAA